AUGUCGAAACAAUACUUUCUUCGAGAAGAUGCUGUGUGGUUCGUGACCGGCGGAUCAUCAGGCAUCGGCAAAGCCUUCCUCACUCUCCUCAGCAGCAGCAAAACAACUUACCGCCUUGUCGCAGUCGCACGCCAGCUCUCUGCACUAGAUUAUCUCCCCGACGCACCCAACAUCCUCAAAGUGAUCAUGGACGUGACCUCUCCCUCGGCCAUCCAAGCCGCCGUUGCCCAAACGAUCGAGAAAUUCGGCCGUAUUGAUGCCCUGAUCAACAAUGUCGCAUACUCGCUGCUGGGCGACACGGAGAGCACGACAGACGGGCAGGCGCGGAAGCUGUUCGAGACGAAUUUCUGGGGUGCGGCAAAUCUUAUCAGAGCAGUCGUCAGGGUGAUGCGCGAGGAGAAUCCUAAGAGUGGAGGGCAGAUUGGUGGGAUUGUCGUAUUCAUGAGUUCUGCGGGUGCGAGGGUUGCGUUCCCAGGGGGUGCGUAUUAUUAUGCGACACGGUUCGCCAUGGAAGGCUUCAUGGAGAGUUUCCAGAACGAACUGAGUCCAGCAUGGAACAUCCACUUCAUGACCGCAGAGCCUGGUGGCGUCAAGACCGACUACCUGGAGAAAUCCGUCAUCGUCACUGAAAGGCACCCUGCGUAUGCAAACGACUCUGCGGGAGCGACGAAUUAUAUGUUGGGCAUGAUGAGCAACAAGGAAAUCAUCAACAAGUUCGCUGGACCGGAAAAGCUGGUGCAGGUUGUAGUUGACACGGUGAGGGACGGCAUCGAGGGGCUGGGCAUUCCGUUGAGGCUUCCGCUUGGAGCAGAUUCGUGGACAAUUCUUGAGGGGAGUUUGGGCAAGGCUGUCAAAGAUCAUGAGGCGUUGAAAGCAACGGCGUUCAAGACGUCGAUUGAGGGACAGACUUUGGCGGGGCUGGAGAAGCUGUUGGAUUAA